UUCCUUAAAGAGUCUGCAAGUUGCCAAGUGUGCAGUGACCUCAAAAUACAGAAAUGUAUGUAACUUCAGUUGAGCCAUAGGACAAUUGAUUCUUUUCUAAAAGCUAGAAAAGGUGGCUGGAGACCUCUCAGUAGCUAAGGUUAAAUGAAUCAACUUUAACCCUACUGUGAGUUUUAUUUAUCAGUUUUAUCAUAACCCUGUAUUAGGUUAGGUGAUUUGUUUCUUCUCCAUCCAUGUCUCUGCAGUUAGUAUGAAUUAGGAUGCCCUUAGUUUGCUUAGUAAUAUUAAGGUCCUACACCCCAGUUUAAAGUAAGCAAGAUUUGCACUGUUCUCUGGAAAGUUAAGAUCUGCAUUAAAGGUUUCUACCAGUGGGAAUGUCCCAUUUCUGGCUAAAGUCAAUCAGGGUUUGCUGGUUAAACCCAGAGCUGAUUUGAUGCAUCAAUUUAAUUUGAUUAAAAUAUUACUAAUGUUGAAGUGAGAGGCUACUAGGGGAGCAGAUUAAACAUUUUUGUAAAAAAAAUAUAUAAACUUUCAGAAACUACAGGUGGUGAGCAUUAUCAGACCCACCUCCCAAACACCUGGAGGUAGUGGGCACCAUCCUGACACAUGAGGUAAUGAAUGUUGGGUAUCUGUUGUGACGUGUUAUUUAUUUAAAGACAAAAUUAUGUGGGAUGGGGAGAGUCUGCUUGUUUUAUUAGGUGAGAAUCUAUGCAAAUUCAAUCUAUCUAAUUGAGUAAAGUUCAAUCAGCUAAGGUUUUUUCAAUCAGGUGGCAGCAUGAUUUUUGUUAUUCACCUUUGUUGCCUAUCUUAUUCCAUUGAGCUCAGACGGCUGUACUUAGGUGCACCCCAAUACAUUCUCAAAAAACCCCUGUUAAGUGCAAUGCCUGAGAGAGGAAGAUUGGGCCAAGACCACCCACUGUGAACUUGGUUAUCUUCUCCAGCUAAGUCUAAACUAAGGAUGUGGAGCCUGGGGCCCUCCAGGUGUUGUUGGGCUCCAGUUGUUGCAUUGCAGAGGAUUGGACUAGAUGACUCUUGUGGUCCCUUCCAACUCUACAAUUCUAAGUUCCCACCAGCCCCAAGCCACCAUGGCAAAUGGUCAUGAAUGAUGGGAGUUCAAGAGCAACUGGAGGGCCACAGGUUCCUCAAACCUGGUCUUAACUCAUAACUGCCACACUAACUCACCCUCAUCCAACCUUCAUCCAAUGACCCUUUCAUGGUCUGAAAUGAAGUUUAUGGAGUUGAGAGGUUUGCUGGACUCAGUAGCAUCAACUGAGUUGGCAAGUGCCUGGAGUGAGUCAGCGGUAAAGCACACGAAACAAGUGGAGUUAACUCUUUAUCAGCAAAAACAGGAUCUGCACAGGAGUGCCAGGCCUAAUGAGCACAGCAAGUCCUUUUUGGUAUGGCUUGCCCCCCAUGAUGCAGUUGCAGAGACUGAAGGUCCCCACUUUCCCACAGCUGCCUAAGUCCCCACCCCUCCAGGAUUUUCCCCAAGGAAUCCAAAACUGAAACUGUGUGAUGCUAACCUUGUCCACACUCUACAUGCCUCUCUUGGUUCUGCGGUACAAGAAGGGAGGGGAGCUUGUUGCAACAGGAAGGGGAAACACCUGUGACUCUUCACCAGCCAGACUCAUCUCUGCUUCUUGGCCUCCCUCGUCUCCUACUUCAACUUCCGUUUCUGAUUCUGAACUUCUCUCUGCCACAGACUCUCCCAGCUCACUAAACCCUGUUACCUCUUCAGCUUCUGACAUCUCCUCUUCCCAGUCUUCCUCUUCUCCCUCUGACCACUCCAUCGUCCCACCACCAAUCCCUGAGCUCGCAGCCUUCUUCCCUUGGGGUUCUCCAGCUAGUUCCUCCCACCAAUCCUCUGCACCCAGCCAGUCCCUGACAUCAAGUGUGAUUCUACAAAGUGUUUUUUUAACAUGUGGAAUUGAUCUGGGGUUCCCAUGCAAAAUGAUUGUGUUGCCCCAUGCAAAAGUAAUCCAAGUAAAACAAGACUUUUGAGUCUUCUUCCCUCAAUAAGCAGGUGAAGGCUUGCUGGAGUUUACAUUAUUUGUUUUUCAUUGCAGAAGUAAUACUGAUGAUGAUCUCUGUGACCCAGAUUUUAGCAAAAUGCUUGUGUGUAUUGUAUCAUGCUGUUGGCCCAAGUGAGUAUUAUAAAGAGUAGUUCUUAAACAUAAGGUAGCUUGCAAUGUUUGACAAUAGAGGAAUUGCUUGGGGAAACUUAUAAGGCCACCAGCUUUUAAAAUUCAAGGUGUUGUGUGUGGGGUUUUUUAAACAGAAUGGCUAGUCACUAGUUGACCAUAUCCAAUCUGUACUCUAGUUGUGUGUAUCUGUUGAUCUAAAUGGCAUGUGGGCAAACUGGUAGCCUGGAUUAGUUAUCCCCCAAUCAAUUUCUUCCUCUCCCUCUCCCUACUACUCCCAUCACUGCUUUGAAAAGUGCCUCACUCAGUGGUGAAGUAUACAUGCUUUGAAUACAGUAGGUAUCAAUUCAAUCCAUAGCCCAGGGAACGUAUUUGCUAUGUGCUUAAAUAGGACCACUAGGCUUCAAAGGUUGGCCUACUGGGUCAUUUUCAGCUAACAAUACCCAACCUUCCUAGGCUGAGAAAUGAAUUGAGAGCCCUAGCACUUGCCUGAAGCGGUGUACAGCUGCUGCAAAUCCUGAGCUAGCUCAAAAGUAGCCACAUGUUUCAUUCUGGCAGUUGUUGGAUUCCAGCUUCCAUUAGUCCAAUGCAAUUUUGCAAAUAGUCAUGAUUAUUUGCUGUCAUCCAGCUCACAAAUGCAUCCAGGCACCAGUUUAGGACCUCCUGAUUUGAGAUGUUACAGAAAAAUGGAACAGUGACAUCUUGCCAGAAACCUUCUAAUGACCUCCACAGCAGCUUCAUGUAGAUAUUAAAUAGUGUUGGAAACAAAAUUGUGGUACCCAACAACUCCUAGGGGUCCAAGGCACCAUCAGUCACUACUUUUCAAUGGAACAGACCUUGUAAUUAGUAGUGAAGCCACCACAAAACAAACUACGAACUUACUGAGGGCAGACAUAUACUGUGGUCUGUGGUAUCUCAACCCACUGAGUCAUCUAGGGGAGUCAACAGGUUCAUGGUGCUUCUGUCUUUCACCCGAAUGUCACCCAUCAGAGUGAUCAAGGCUGAUUCUAUGCCCAAACUGGCCCUGAACCUGAACUGGAGUAUAUCAAGAUAACCAGUUUCAACCAAGAGCGGAAGCGCCGCCUCCUGGGUCCAGGCCCCAGGGUGGUUUUUCCCCCAGGGUUGGCUACAUCACUGAAGACACACCACUUUAGCUUCAACAGCCAGCAAGAGCAGCACUCAAGUCCAUAUGAAGCAGAUAAUUUUGUCCUUGCAGAUUUUCCUUUACGGCCUAGGACCCUCGUACCUAGGAGACCGCCUCUCCUGGUAUGCCCCACGGAGGACCUUAAGGUCCAUAAAUAGCAACACCCUAGAGGUCCCAGGCCCUAAGGAAGUUAGAUUAGCUGCAACCAGAGCCAGGGCCUUUUCAACUCUGGCUCCGGCCUGGUGGAACGCUCUGUCUCAUGAGACCAGGGCCCUGCGGGAUCUGAUUUCUUUCCGCAGGGCCUGUAAGACAGAGUUGUUCCGCCUGGCCUUUGGCUUGGAGCCAAUUUGAUUCCCUCCCUCUCUUUAUUUUUCCUUUCUCCUCCUGUGAUGAGGCUGCAUUUUAAUUGUUUUAAUGUUUUAAUGUUGUAUUUUAAUCUUGUUUUUAAGUUAUAUUCAUUCAACUCGUUUUUAUUAUUGGUUGUUAGCCACCCUGAGCCCGGUCUUGGCUGGGGAGGGUGGGGUAUAAAUAAAUAAAUAAAUAAAUAAAUAAAUAAAUAAUUAUUAUUUUCCAUAGUAGGCAUCUGAUGGCUCCAAGACUGGGUUAAUGCGGGUAAAUGAUUGCCACUUCCAUUGCAUAAUAGCUUUUCUAAGUGGUACAUGGGUUGCCAAGUAGGCUGUUCUCUCCACAUUAACCACCACACAGGCACGAUUAUGUGCUCUUCCAUGUGUGCAGUCUCCUUCAGAGCAAAACUUAUACGCCUUGUACUGCAAUUGUCUCCAGCUGCCUGGAACUCCUCAGUAAAUCGGGUGGUUGCCUAACUUCCGCAGCACCAGAGAGGACAUUUGGGUGCAGUUGUGUCUAUGGCCUGCCAUGCCUCACCAUUCCACAGGGAGACUAGGACCUUGGCAGAAUUGCCUUCCGGAAAAUCUCUUGCAGCAUUCAGGAAUCCAUCAGCUUCCACACAUCUCUAGGAGUGCACCAGAUGGUCUCUGAUCCUCAUGGGAUAGCAGCAAUUACCCUCCCCAAACCAGUGCUACCUUUGUGGAGCACUGAGUAUCUGGGAAGACAUAGGUGGGUCAGGUUGAUUUUUCCCAGCUAACCUAUUCAGGACUUGGCAAUACAGUGGUACCUUGGUUGUCAAACUGCUUGGCUCCCAAACAAAUUGGCUCCCGAAUGCCACAAACCCAGAAGUAGUGUUCUGGUUUGCAGACGUUUCUUGGAAGCUGAACAUUUGAUGUGGCUUCCGCUUGAGUGCAGGAAGCUCCUGCAGCCAAUCGGAAGCCACACCUUGGUUUUCGAACAGUUCUGGGAGUCGAACGGACUCCCGGAACGGAUUAAGUUUGACAACCAAGGUACCACUGUAUGUGCCAGAUUGGCUCCUUCAUAUACUUACAAAGCAUGGGUGAGUGAGAUUUUAUUUUGAACUGACCUGAUAUUGUCCAACCACCACUAAGACAGAGGGCAUAGUACUCAGUCCAUCAGUUACCUGAAGAACAGGGGAUCAGAGGCUGAGAGGGGGAAAGUGUUUUGAUUGGGGCGGGGGGGAGAGAGUUUAAGUGGGGAAACUGUAUUAUGGUACUUAAAUGAGUUUUCCCCUUGAAUUGCCGUGCAGGAGUUUGAAUCGUUCUGUGUUUUUCAGGUUCUGCAUUUCCGACCUUGGAUGAUUUAAAUGAAACUGAAGUUGCUCCCCCUGAGCCAAGGACGAAAGUACAGAUCGUAUCUGAACAGCUGGUGACCUUUUUCAACCCAGUGAGUAAGUGCUGUUGUAGCAUCAUUUUUCAUUGCCCCCUCUUCAAGUCCUUGAGAGGAUUAGAAAUGUUUGUUACUGUAGUCCUUCAGUGAAAGGUCUCUUUGUUGAGCUAUAUUGAGGGGUGUUGUUCUGUGCAGAGUGCCACGUUUCAUGUUUGGAAAAGGAAAUAAAAAGGUGUUGCCCAAAGGAAUGAACCCUCCGUUUCCACUCAUGUUGCAGCUGCACAUGGAUCACCCAAACUGGUUUGAAAGCAUCUUAGAAUAAUAGAAUUGUAGAGUUGGAAGGGACCACGAGGGUCGUCUUAUUUGAGAAGCCCUCAAAGCCCUCCUGAUGCACAGGACUAGUUUGAGCAGUUCUUUGGAUGGGUUGAGAUGCUCCCAAUGCAGAAUUAAUGGUAGGUAUCAAAUGUUUGCAUAGUGCUGUAUCUAGUAACCCAACAAUGCAUUGACAGCAAAAGAAAAAAGUCAAGGCAGCAGUAGCUGCUGUUGUUAUUUGUUACCCACCCUUCGCCCUAAGAUCCCAGAGAAUGUUACAACAAUUGAAAACACAACAUAAAAACAGUUUGUUUUCAACUUGCAAAGAGAGAAGAGGGGACCAUCUUAAAAACAGACAUCUCAAGUGUCAAAUGUCAGGGUAAAAGGGGGCAUCUUUAGCAUUCACUAAAAGCUUCAAAGUGAAGAAUCCAGACACACUUCUGGGGGGAUUCCACAACUUAAGGGCUGCCAUAGAGAAUAAGCUUUCCUAGGCUGCUGCCACCUGAGGGUAGUGGAACAAUCAAAAGGACUUAGAGAUACGUGUGGAUAUUCAUGGACAUGUACAUAGUUAUCCAGUGGUGGUCCUGCUCAGAGUAUACCCAUUGAAAUUAAAGGACUUAGUCUCUUUAUGUUUGAUGGUUUUACACUGAGUAGAACUUGUAUACAAUCCAUAAAUCCAGUGCUGGGCAGGCCAAUAAAGCAGGGUUUUCCUUUCUCUCCCAUUCUUGCCAUACUUCAAGAGCAUAGGGGUUGGGCCAAACAGGCCAAUGGAGCACAAGGCAAGCCUUGCUCCUCCUCCUGCUGAGCUGUGGUGCAUGGAUCCCCAGCAUGCUGCACAUGUGCUCACAGGUGUCCACAGCAGACUUCCCUGGUGCCCGCAGGGCCCCAUCCCCCCUCUAAAAUGAAUCUUGCAACAAUCCCUCUUUAGCCAAUGGAAUGCUUUUCACCCACCCCAGUUCGAUUGUGGCAAGGAGGCAAUUUUAAGUGAGUAACAGCUGGGGGCUGGGUAGGGGAGCAGCUGCACGCGUGUCGUGCCCAUGACCAUUUCUCUUUGCUUACAAAUGUGCCCACAGACUCCUGAAAGGUCAGCAACACUUGCUGCAGUGGCUGGAUGCUGAAGACGUUGAAGGAGAAGGGUGACCCUGCUUUCGGUUCCCUCUUUUUCUCCUACUAGUGGAUUUCAGAAUCAGUUUGCUGUGCAUUGCAGGGGCUGGUUUUUACAAACGAAGCAAUUGCAAAGCCCCAUUAAGUAUCUUUGCAAACCGCUUAGAGACUAUUGUAGUUAAGUGGUAUAUAAAUUGUUUAAAUAAAUGAAAGGAGGGCCUUGCACAGAUCUUGCUGCAUGGCUUUUUUGCUUUUUGGCGGUGUGUUGCUGUUUCCACCAAAAGGAGAAGCAGACUUCAAAGUGGCACUUGGAAAUAAUCAGCUCAUUAGUGUGUGGAGAUUGCCCAGUUCGUUCCAACCUUCAAAGGAAAAAGGCCCCCCUGAAUCUUAUUCAGAUACUCCAAAGCAAAGGGCUCAAUCAAAAACAUACUUUCAAAACCACCACGUUAAUGCUUGACCCCCUGUGUGUCUUUCUGUGCUUCCCCCCCCCUGCUACUGUUCCUUUUCUCCCUUGCAUGGAGUUGAUGCAAAAGUGAGAAGGAACUCUCAGCAAAUUUCCAAUAAAACAUAAUAUCAGCUAUUUGCAUAUCCCCCCCCCCCCCGGAAAAAGGAAACAUGUUUCAUAGAAAGAGGACACUGAGUUAAUUUGUAUGCAUAGAACAGGGCUGAUAAACCUUUAGCCCUCUGGAUGUUGCUAAACUAUAUAUCCCAUUAGUCCCACCCAGCAUAGUCUAGGCUGCUCAAAGUUGUAGUCCAGCAACGUCUGGGGUGUGUGUGAAAGGUUCUUCACUCCUGAUAUAGAUACAAACAUGGAUUCAGAGCCAUCUUUCCCAUAGGGCUUAGUGGUGCGUCAUGCCAGGGCGCUGGCCUCUCAGGGGCACCCCAGCAAGUGGAGGAGCUGCGUGGCUUUGCCGGUCACCUCCCCUUUCCCUGAACGCCCACCAUCUGCGCCCCACCAACCAUAAGGCUGGCGGGUGUGCAUCUUCCCUCCCAAGCCUCCUCGGAAGGAGAACGAUCCCCACAGAGGCUUAGGAUGGAAGCUGUGCCCUACCAAUCAUAUGGCUGGUGGGCACACAGCUAGCCUCCCAGGUCUCUGUGGGGAUCGCUCUCCUCCUCAGGAGGCUAGGGAGGGGUGCAACUUCACUCCCAAGCCUCUGCGGGGAUCGCUCUUCCACAGCGGCAUGGGGGAGAGUUGCCCCCCCCCCCGAUGGCUGGCAGUGCACAGCUAUGGCCACCCCAACACUAUCCGUGGUAAUUGGGGGGCGCUGGGCAGAUAUUUGCACCCCGGCGUCGCAUCUCCUAAAGAUGGCCCUGCAUGGAUUCAAGCCAUAGUAAUUCUAAUGUUGGACCCACUGAAAUGAAUGCACAUGGCUAAUUUAGGUCCGCUCAUUUCAAUAGGUCUGCUCUGUAUAGAAUGCUCUUGGAUACCCUGUAAUUGGGGAAGAUGGUGACCAGGUGAAACUUCAUGCCUGCUCAGUCACCUGCCCAGAUGUUGUCACUCACUGUUGACGGGAGACUCUAAGAACCCUCUUGCUCUCUCUUCUUAGGGUCUUUUGUCUUUAAACCAGACUUGGAGUGGAGAGACCUAAAGGACUGUUCUCUUUAAAGUGGAACACAUGGCCACCCUAAAUGGAAGCAGCGGUCUGGAAUAACUUUGCCUCGUGCCUCAGUGUGUACAUGUUUAAACUGGGCUUGGAACUGAAAUCUUGCAUUUCUGCUUCAUUUCCCAAAGCGUGUCGACCCAAAACAAAUCAGGCAGUGGUGCCUUGCCAAGCUGGGGAAAAGAGCAACAAGUCGUUGUGUCUGGAACACAAGUGCUGCUUCUCGUCUAAAAAGCAUGUUCAGUUGGACUGCUAUACUCCCCUCAAAGACCGUAAGUGGCAUUCUGCCUCCAGGGCUCUUUCACUUGUUCUGCAAAGCUGGACACACGUAGUUUCUUAUGCCUACACUGCCACCUUCAGCCAAGACCUUGUUGCUGCUUUUCCCAGGGGGCACAGCAGAGUAGUAUAGAUACAGGGUCAGGUUUGUAAGCAGUAGUGGCUUCUGGUGACCCUUGGGAUUAGUUGGGGCAGAAGCCAGCAGUAGGUGAAGUCAGAGCCAAUGACAGGCAGAGCCAACUUGCUCUGAUUCCCCCACCCCACCUUCCUCCAUUCAAGGGAUAACACUGAAACUAGUGGGGAGGAAGAUGAUAAUGCAUUGCCAGCCCCUGGAUUGGUUGUAAUCAAGGAGGCAGGCAGGUGGGGGAUGGCUGAGAGCAGCUCAGCUUCAUGGGGCAGUUCCCCACUUGCCCUGCUUAAUGGACUAGCCUCCACUGCUUGCAGGUCUGUGUUGAGGACUUACAUGAUGCACCAGGAAGCUCUCAAAUGAGCAUGAGGGGCCAUAGCUCGGAACAUAGGAUUUUCACACAGUAGGUCCCAGGUUAUAUCUCUCUCCUUGCCAGUUAAGUAAAAAUCUCAGUUAGCCGAUCUGGGAAGUAUUUCUGUCUGAGAAGUCAUACCAGUCAGAGCAAACAGUGUUGGACUAGACCAGGUUAUGUGUUGUGCUGUACCACUUCAGUUGUUGCUGGGCUUACAAUUCUCUCAUUCCAUCAUCCCUAACAACAUCUAGAAGGCGACAGGCCCUGCACCCUUUGACUUCACAGAGUAGUGAUCUGUUUCAUUUUACAUCAGUGCACACAGAUAUUGUGGCUCCCAUUGUGUUUUGGAGUGCAUCUUAAAAUGUUUCUUCAAAAUUCAAUGUGCUUCUCCUGUAGAGUUUAUUUUCCAUCCAGUUUGUCUGUUUGUAGAGCGAUUCUGGUACUUGAAUGCUUCAGGGUGUGCAGCAUAUGUCAAUAAACAACACGUGCUUAUAGUCCACAAAGCACACGCUGUGUGCAUUCUAACAAUCUGUUGACAAAACAGAAACCCUUCACAGGCCUCUUAGACUCCAGCAUCUCACAAAUUAUUGGGUUACCUCCUGCAAUGGGUAAUUGGCAAUUUUAUUGCCCUGUUCAAUCGUCUGAUUCUUCACUUCACUGAACAUGUUUGCUAUUUUCCCCUGCCAGUUUUGAGAACAGUGGGAGGCAAGGCCUGUUGCUUUCAUGUGGUCUUCCUGGAGGCUUCUGGGUGGCCUCUUGGAAAGAAGGCUGCCAGGCUAGGUGGACCUUAGGGCUGAUCCAGCAGGAUUUCCAUCACAGUUAUACUUACAACAAAUGUAGAUCAGGAGCCAACAAAAACCCCUCUGCAGCUAGUUUCACAUGUUUGGAGUCUUUGAGUUUGUUUGUUUUCUCAGACAGGCGGCCUCUCUUCUUCUGAUGCCACAUGACAAACUGCUUUUGUAACUUAAAAGGGAGGAAUUUUUAUUUUACUUAUUUGCAAUGUUUAUAUGCCAGCAACAUUAUAGGGAAAAAUAUUAUGGCAGUGAACUGCAUAAAAUCAACAAUACAGCCAUUCCUGUACCAUAGUUGUCAACUUUCAGAUUGGAAAUAAGGGAUCAGCAGCCUCGAAAAUAAGGGAACAGCAGCCUCACUUGUCCCGGGGACAGUCUACGGGAUAUCUAACAAUCUGGGAUAACAGCGGGAAGCAGCGGGAAACAGCGCUGGAAUAAGGGAAUUUCCCACAAAAAAAGGGAAGGAUGACAGCUAUGUCCUAUACAGGGAUAGCCUUACCAUUGUAGUCCAGGCAUUGGUAACCUCAAGGCUGGAUUACUGCAGUGCACACUAUGUGGGGCUGCCUUUGGGCCUGAUUAGGGAGCUACAGUCAGUGCAGAAUGUGACAGCCAGACUGCUGAUGGGAGAAUGUGGCCAACAUGUGAGACCAUUGUUGGCUGUCCAUCUGCUUCCAAAACAGAUUCAAGUAUAUACAGUUUUACCGUACAUACUCAAGUAUAAGCCGACUUUUUCAGCACAUUUUUUAUGCUGAAAAAGCCCCCAUCGGCUUAUACUCAAGUGAGGGUCCUUUCAGGCUGCUCCUUCCUCCUCCUCCACCUUUGGCGCUGUUGGCGGUGGCAGAGGAGGAACAAGCAGCCCGAAAGCAGCCCUUUUGGGCUGCUUGUUCUUCCUUUGCCGCUGCCGCCACCAUCAGGUUUGUAGUGUGGUGAACUUAUUGACUCAAGUUUUCCCAGUUUUUUGUGGUAAAAUUGGGUGCAUCGGCUUAUAUUCGAGUUGGCUUAUACUCGAGUAUAUAUGGUAAUUCACAAAGCACUGAAAAUUUUAGGGACCUUAGGGAACACAUGAACCUUUCUAUCCCAGGACAAUCACUGAGAUCAUCUGCAGGCAUGUUGGUGGUGCUUCUCCAAGUUGGCAAGGCUUAUUUGUCAACAAGACCAAAGCCCUGAGUGUCAUUGGUCCAGCAUUAUGGAAUAGUCUGCCAACAGAGAUUCGUCAGGCACCUUCUGUUUCCAGUUUUAAAUGCCUGCUGAAAACUUUCCUAUUCCAAUAGGCUUAUGCAGGCAAUUAAGGCUGCAUCUCUCCAUAAUAGCUAGCUGAUUUCUGAUUUCAGAAUUUUAAUGUGGUUUUUAUUGUACGUUUUUACGUAUAACUGUUGCAAACCACUCUGAUACUUUGUAUGAAAUAAAAUUGCAUUCAUAAAGCAAGUCCCAAACUUGUUGCAAAUCAGUAGAGCAGAUUAAUGCAUCAACAUAGCUUGAUCGCCCAAGGGAAGCCUGAGUAAACAGGUGCAUGUUAAGCAGGUGUCUAAACAGUGGGUGCUUAUUGGAAUUGCAUUCCAAAGAGAAGGCUCUUGCUUUAUUCUAUUUAAUUUAUUUUUACUCAGACAAAUUAUAUACCACUUAAGCACAAUUGUCUCUAAGUAGCAUACGUCAAACUCAACAGUGCAAUAAAUAUAUAAAACCAGUUUAAAACUAUAAAAUCAGAUCUGACUGUUAAAAGGCCUGCUGGAAUAAAAAGUGAUCAUAAGAUGAACCUCAGGAGCAUAUGGCAAUGCUAACAGCAUUGAAAUAUCUCAGCAGAGGUGCAGAAUGUAAAGCAUUCCCAGAGAUAACCUGGUCUUCAAGUUGUUCCAUAGAAAGACCUUAAACUUGGCCCGGUAUCAUAUUUGCAGCCUCUGCAACUCCUUCAGCACAGAUGUUUUGCCCUGUGAAUGAGGUACCUCCUUGAACAACCUGGCAGCAGCCUUCUCCAGCUCAGCUUUAAUGGAUGCCCCACAAAUAAUGCAAUGCUGUGAUACAUUCUGGAGGUUACAGAUGCCUGGACUUCUGCAGUUAAACAAACCCAAUCCAGAGCUGCCAGGAAGGGCUGCAGCUCAGUGUAGGACAUCUGCUUUGCACACAGGAUGUCCCUGGUUUGAUAUCCAUGUAAGGCUGGGAAAGAUUCCCUGGAGUGCCUCUGCCAGUCAGUGCAGACAAUACUGAGCUAGAUGGACCAAUUCAGUACAAAGGCAGCUUCCUAUAUUCCUUAACAGCCAUAUGCAGUCGUAGCCAAUGUAGUCACUUGUGUGUCCAAUGAAAAAGAUUCAGCCAGGAGUGCACCCCAAAAUGUUUAAAUUCCUAUUGUGAUAAGGCAACCUUCCCCAACUGGGUGGCCUCAAAAUGUUGCUAGGCUCUAACCCUAACCAUAACCCCUAACCCUAACCAUAACCCCUAACCCUAACCCUAACCCCUAACCCUAACCCUAACCCCUAACCCUAACCCUAAUCCUAAACGCUAACCCUAACCCUAACCCUAACCCCUAACCCUAAACCCUAACCCUAACCCUAACCCUAACCCUAACCCAAACCCUAAAUCCUAACCCUAACCCUACUACCCCAACAUACCUCACAGGGUAGUUAUGAGGGCCAACUGGGUGUUUAUGCCACCUUGCAGGGCUGCCAACUUGAAUAAAAUAUUGUGGGGGCCCAGGCAAGCACCACCCUGCAUAAUCGAUCACAUGACACGGUGCACACACACCAUUUGAAUGGCAAUGCCCAUCAACUUUGCAGGAGACCAGCCCAGGGGCGGAGCUUCAUGCUCCAGCACCAGGGGGUGGAGAGCAGGCAGGGGUGGGGCUGGCAUGCGUCACGGGUGGGGCGCGUCACCUGCAGGGGCGGGCUGCGCAUCCUGGGGACAUGGCGCGCCAUCCACAGAGGCAUGGCAUGCAUCGUGGGGGCGUGGCACACUGCCCGAAGAGGCGUGGUGCACAUCCUGGGGGUGGGGCACACUUCAGGGGCAUGGCACCCAGUGCAGGGGGGCGGGCAGCUGCGAUGGCUCCCUACUGGGAUCAUGCUGCCGGGGGCAGUGCACUCCCCCCGCACUCCUCUUCCUUUGCCAGUGGACCAGCCCCUGAAAUAUUUUAUUGCAGGGGCUGGAGCACCCACGGCCCCUGGGAGUUGGCUCCUAUGCCACCUUGACCGCCUCUGAAAAAAUGUAAUAAUGAAAAAUACUGGCAUAAAAGGACAUAUUAAUAAUAAUAAUAAAAAGACCUACCCACAUGAUGCUGACACGAUACCCUGCAUGAAUGCUGUGCAAUAGAAUGUACUUUCACCCAAUUAUUUGUUUGCUUGUGUUGCAACACAAAAAAAUCUCUAAUAAAACUAAUUUUUUAAAGGGAUAUUAUCUGUAAAGUAAUUGUUCAUUCCCCUCCUAUAGGGAUAUACUCUCCACAAGACACUUCCCUAUCUAACACUCAAUUUAAAAUGAAUGCCUUAUCACAGCUUCCCCUGGCCUGCUGCCCUCCAAUAGCUCUAACUCCCAUCAGUUUUGACCCCAGGCCAGGCAUUUGGGGGCUGAUAGGAAUGAGAGCACUUUAGCUGUUACACCACAAUGGUUCUCCUAUGUUUCUGUGAUAGCACAGGAGUGUUGGUUUACAUCAGAGCAGUUUGAACUCAGGGUUGCAUCCCAGAAAUAAACUUUUCCCACUAACCAUGUAACUGCAGUACAAAACUUAACAUCCUCUAUACAGGUGCAGCGGAAUGAAGUGGUAGAAGUCCAGAGGCAGGAGUGUGGACAUUACCAUGUCAGACUGCCUGUGAAGGAACAUAUAUUUGUUUUAAAUCUAACCCACAUUAAAAACAAAACAGAGAGGUAGAGAUUCUAUCUCACUCCUGUGCUAGCUUUCUAGCUGCAGAGACUUGACUGCAACAAGAAAGGAGUUGGGAAAGAUCAUGGCACCCAAAACAUCACCAUUCUGUAGUGAUUUGAAAAAAGGGUGUGUGUGUCCCAGGACACUUGCAGGAUAUGCUUCAUAACUUGGGUAGAAGGUGAACAAAGUGUGUAGUAGUUACAGUAUGUAGGAGGAGGAGAUGUAAGACGUCACCAUGGAGUGGUUUAUGUGCAAGAGGGGUUGCACAAAAGGAGGGGAAAGGAGGCAUGGGAGUGAAGGCAUGUACAAAGGGGUAUAAAGCAGAGCUACAGAGUAGAAAAGGGAAGUGGCUUCAGAAAUCAGGUUGAGCUUAAGUAGUUGCAUGGGGUGGGAAGUGGAAGCUCCAGGGGGUUAAUGUGGGAAAAAUGGCAGGGGUGGUGGUGGAGCAAACAGGAGCACAGCUCCUAGUGUACUAUAGACAUCCACGUGCUUUGGAGAUUAUUUAUUGCAGAUGCGGCCAUGAAGCAAAGCUGACUCAUUACUAGGUUGUAGGACACUUACAAGCCAAGCUGAUGUUGAUUGAACUGUAACAGGCCCUCAACAGAUCCUGCGGAUGCUUGGUGCCGGGAUAGGAGGACUGAUCCUUCUUGCGUGUCUUCCAUGUUGCUGUUUUAUUGUGGAGAGGAGGUAAGAGAUACUUCCUCCUGUGUAAAAGCACAGCUGCAUUAUGGGACACUUCAGCACUCUCACAGUAAAAUGCAGUGGAGUGGAGGGAGCAGAGGCGCCGACUCCUAGGGGCCAAACCCAUUUGCUUGUGAGGGACCCCCCCCCAUGUUAAAUAAAAAAGGUCAUGUCAGGUUGGAGGAGCCAGGAACACAAUGGCAAUGUGGCCUUAGUGGCUGGGUCAUCCUCCUUCUUCUCCUGGUGGCAGUAGCAGCAGCAGCAGCAGCCACCAACCAUUGAAGCCACCACAUUCCUGGCUCCUCCAAGCUAGCGUGAUGUCCUGACAUGAUGUCGUCACACGUGGGAUGUUGGGCCCCCCCCCCCCACACUUGCAAGUGGGUGUCUCUAAGAUAGAGUCCCUCCAUCUCCAACUCAGCGGCAGAGCACAUCCAAAAGGCCCCACGUACAGUCUCUGACAUCUCCAUUACAGGGACCAGGAAGCAGGAGAUGAGAGGACACAUUUCCACCCCAUACCUAGAAGAUCCACCUUGAUCACUGUGACCUCCUGAUGGGGCAUUUCUGGAGCUUCCCCAUGCCCCUGAGAUUAGAUUGGCCUUCACUUUAGUGUGGCAGGCCCUGCCCUGUGGAAUUUCCUCACAGGGCUACAAUUCCUAGCAACCUGGACGAAAUACAAUUUCCAGAAUUUGAAGGGGGGAGUGGGCAACCAUUUGCUUUAUAUGAUUGCUGAAUGUGCUUUAAACAUAUGGUAUGGGUGUGGCCACUGUCCAUCAGGGUAGACAAUAGGCAGGCCAAAGUAACUUCCCUAUGUUCCCACACAAACUUUUAGCACAAAGUUGCUCAGCUACCAAAUUAUUUACCAUGAAAAAUAAAUUGCCCUGCCUGUGCAUAUGGAACCACACACACUCAGGCAUUAUUCCUCUCCGCUCGCCAGAUGGUUAUUUGUUGAAAGUUUCCACACAUGGACCUCCUGCAUAGAAUCUUUGCAUUUACAAUUUCCUCUGCUCUCAGCACCCGAUGCUGAAACUGCGGAUAGCCAAGCAGAGCCACUGGCACAUCUCCAAACAAGAGCCUAGAAUUAGCAAAGAAUGGUCUGCUAAGAUAAGCCCUGGGAAAUGAAUGUGUGAGAGAUGGGAUUCAUAUCAAUGCUGAAGUGAUUUGCCCAGGAAGGGCUGUGUGGAGUGGAUGGACUGUUGCUAUUGCUAGGAAUAUUAUUGGAUGUUGCUUAAAAAGGCCUUUUUUAAAAAGAAGCAAGCAAGCAAGCAAGCAAGCAAGCAAGCAAAAAAGGCCAUAAUUAACUAGAUGUUGAACCAUUUUAAUUUCUAGCACACGCUCUUUGAAAUGUUUGAAUACAUCAAAAGAAGCAAAACUGUAAGGAAGCAUUAUCUUUUCUAGUUUCAAGAUGGCACCUCUUUUGGCAUAGGGUUCCAGUGAGUUGUUUCAACACAUCUGCAAGAGUGUAGCAUAUAUUGGGAAAUUACCAAAGCUGUAUGUGGGUCUUUCAUCUGCAGGUGCAUUGCACAAGUAAAGAAUUUCUCACCUGUUGCUGCUGCAUUUGGCUUUUUGAAAGCUAAAUUGGACAUGAUGGAUUGGCGUGCCUUCCUUGUUCGCAUAUAAAGGAGAGGAUUUAGGGGGAUAGGGCUUAUUGCAGCGUUGGGGGACUUGCAGCCUUUCAGAGGCUGUUGGACUCCAGCAUCCCUGACCAUUGGCCAUGCUAACUGGGGUUGAUGGGGGGGGUUGAUGUACAACAUCUGGAAGUCCACAUGUUACCCACUCCUGGUUUACUGGAACUGAGCUGGGGGGUGGAGAAAAGCGGACAGAGCAAAUAAACUCUGGAAGGAAGCAGACAGAGCAAAUAGGGUGGAAGGAAGCAGCAAAACCCCUCUCUCACACCUUCCUAUAAUUGUUGCAAUCAUCUGAAUUUCUCUUGCUUUGAGUGAGAUUACUGGUUCUUAAAUUCAGUGCUUCUACUCUGACCUGCAGUAGCUCAGGUCUCAGGCAGGGAUCCUUCCCUUCACUUGCUACCAUGAAUGCAUAACGUCCCAGGUUUGAUCCCUGAUAUCACCCUGCUAAAAGAUCAGAUAGGAAGGGAAGGGAAAGAUGCCUGCCUGAGCCCUGUCGAGUUAUCGCCAGUCAGUGCUGAAACUGAAAAAUAGCCUUACCUGGUAUAAGACCUGGGGCAGAUCCAUACUCAUGGUUUUUAAUGUUAAGAAAGAGUUAAGGAAUGGUUUUGAUAACAUAAAUGGGCACAUGACUUCCUACUUUUUACGUUAAUAAUGUGUUAUUACCUUGUCUUUUUAUAGCUUAAUUUUUAAUCGUUUUAUGCUGCUACAUUGGUGAAACACUGCUCACAUGUCCCCCCCCAGGGAGAGUAACAGAGCAACCAGUGACCAGCAGCAGGGAAAGAAACAGCAUUUUGGAAAAUGGUGUGGCUGGGUAUUACUUACAUUUGACCGGGCGGGAGGGAGGCAUGAUAAAAAUGUUAAAUAGCAAGUGACAUUUUAGAACGACAUAUCUAAUAUCGUUCUGAUACGGGGAAAUAACAUUGAAGAGGUCAGUAUGGCUGCAGCCCUGGUUUACUACCCUUCCCACCAUUAAGUGUAUCCGGAAUCUGCCAGGAAAUGCACAAUAUCCUCAUUGAAGGUCUUUUUUUUGUGUGUGUGGCAUUUCAGCCCAUGUGUUAAUGCAUUACGAAGAAGCCCCAAAGGAGAUGAUUCUGAAGAAGACAGUGAUGAUGAGAGUGAUGAAAGCAGUGAUAGCCAUUCUUCAUCAUCCGUCCAAGAUGAUGUUGAGAAACAAACGAGCAAGAAGGAAAAGGGCAAAUAAACCACUCACCACUAUUUGACCAA